UCGAAAUCCUAGGUUGUGUCUUGUGUCGCGUAAAUCGUAGUAAGUCGAAGUAAGCGGAACAAGCGGUACAGGUUCACCAGGUGUUCACCGUCGAGGGGAAAGGUGAUAGAAAUGUAGCUUGCCACGCAAGUCGAACGAGCUCUUUCGUGGCUUCUUAACGUCAAGGACACUAGUUUAGUUGAUAACGUUAUAAAUAAAGGAGCCCGCCUUCGUUCCAUGACUUCCCCACUCGAUCAUACGUGAGUAAAUGUUAACAGAAGAUGACAGUAUUAGAAACAGAGGAAGAAGCAGAUAAACGCUCGGUUCCUCCCAGAAAGAAGUUCUGCCUGUCCCUGUCAGGUCGCGGACGUGUAAUUCCCAUUGUAGUUUCGCAGCCCCCUCAUACAUCUACAGGAGGGGGCCUUCUGGAUACAUCAGACUAUUUACUCAGUACAAGCAAAAUGUUGAAUGGCUAUCGAAAUCAGCUGAGCAAUCACCAGGAUGGAAGUUACGAUGUCUCCGGUGGUAGUACAGAAGGAUUUAGGAUAGCCACCUUGUGUAAUUUAGGAAAUACUUGCUUCCUCAAUAGUGUAUUAUAUACUUUACGAUUUGCGCCUUCCUUCUUGCACAAUUUACAUCACUUAGCCACUGAUUUGUCUAAUCUAAAUGAUAAGCAACUUCAAACAAAAGCCAAAUCUUCUUCAUUAGGUAGAACAGGUGUAUCAUUAACAUCGAGCAGUAGUCGUAGCCUGAGCAGUAAAGAUCUAUUGACAUUGGCUGGACCAACAGUGGAAGCCAAUAAACCAAAUAUUCAAAUAGCCACCGAAAAAUUGCAUGAACUCUUCAUGGCAUUGCGAGCAUCGGAGGCAAGAGAGAAUAGUGAGCCAUACCAACCGGAUGCCUUUUUACAAGCUCUUAGAGAGGUAAAUCCGAUAUUCGAAGGAAAUCAACAGCAGGAUGCUCACGAGCUUUUGGUUUGCUUACUUGAUAACAUCAGAGAGACUUUUCAACUAUUGGUCAGACACAGAGAAAGUCAAUUUGGUCAAAGCAAUGGUGGCUUUCCCGACUUCACUGCGGAUAACUCAACGACGGAUGUGCAAUUGGAAAGUAGCGGUUCUGGGAAGAGGAGUAUUCGUAAGAGAAAAAAGAAGAAGUUUCCGAGUAGGGGAAGCUCAGUCUGUCUUGUGCAGCCAAACGCGAAUGGUGUCGCGACAUCCGCGAGACCGUAUGAAAACGGACAUGCGGAAUUCGCCGAGAGUAAUGGCGAGAUAGGGACGCGCAAGCCGGAGAGCAAAAAGUGCUUUAUCUCGGAGGACUUCGAAGGGAUCAGCCUAUUGCGUACAACGUGUCUCGAGUGCGAACAUGUAACAGAACGCAAGGAAACGUUCUGCGACAUAUGCGUACCCAUCGACAUUGAUCGCUCGAACGAGAAAGAUGAUGACGGUCGAUCGGUAGAUAGCAGCGAAGUGUACAAACGCGCCGUAGUAACUAGCGAAUUGCUUUGGGGUACGGAGAAAUAUUGGUGCGCACGUUGCCUACGAUAUAAUGAGGCUCGUAGAGCCGUAUGUUUUCCCUUGUUGCCGCGACUUCUCAUCUUACAGCUGAAAAGAUUUUCUACCGCCGCUGGUUCAAUGGAGAAGAUCAAUAACCACAUGCCAACGCCGCUUACCUUGCAAUGCUUUUGCGAGGAAUGCAGCAACGAUCAGACCCGUGGGACAGCUGGUGGUGGAACAGAAUCGAGGCAUGUAUACAAAUUAUAUUCAGUCAUAAUGCACCAGGGUGCAACGAUGACCGCCGGCCAUUACGUUGCUUACGCACGUCUGCCGGAUGAGUCUGCGUAUGCGGAGUACUUCCAUUGCGAUCGUGAUAACAAGCGGCAGAAUUCGGGCCAGGGCAGCGUUAUGAGUGUGAACUCAUCGUCGUCGUCGUCCUCCUCUUCCUCCGACAAAGCAUCGGGCAUACUCAAAUACUUCAGGAGCAAACCCAGCGCGAGCGAGAACAAGGAUCAACUGGUGAACAGGAUUGGGUGUCGCAGCAUGGAUUGCUGCGGGAUCAGACGCAACAAGCAAGUCGUUAGCCCUUGGUUGGAGUGUGAUGACGAGGCGGUGCAUGUGAUCCCGCUGCGAGAGCUCGAGGACAAACUGGCGCCCAAUCCGCGAAAUUCCGCUACUCCCUAUCUCCUGUUUUACGUGAGGUCGACGACAUAAACGGCGUACUUUGUCUUCCUGUACCGGAAGUGUACAUCAAAAUCUCUCUGUUUGGAAUUCCAAGCAGAGCGAGCAGUACGAUGACAAAAUGGGCCUCGUUCUUCCUAACAUUGUUUCCCCUUUCCUCUCUUCGCCUUCUCUAACGACUGUGCUGUGAUUGUAUCGCACAUUCCAGACCUGAAUUCUUCUUCCUGUGUAUGUGCCGCAUAUCAGGCGCUUUAGAUUCGUGAGCGUGUAUAAUUUCGUAGGAUAUAAAAUUGAUAAAAUUGUUCGCCAAACAUUACGUUAGAUUUUUAACAAUCAGACGAUAUGAUGCAAGAAAUCGAUAUGUACCCAGUAAGCAAACUGCGCGCGGAUGUCAGUAAAUUGGCAAUAGAACUAUUCAAAGUUGCUAGUAAAUUAAGAUUAGUUAUAUCUAUUAGGUUCGUGAUCUGCCUAAGGCAGAGCCUGCUCAUAGAAGUUGAUAGCAGAUUGACGGGUGCAGUCUGGUAGAAUCUAACAUAACUUGAUGUUAUAUUUUAUUGAAAUAAAUUAUAUUUUAUUUAGAAGUUGCAAAUCCUAUUCGAGUUUUGCCACUAAUUCGUCAUUUUAAUCUGCAAUAAUAGCUCCUGUACUUUGUAGUCUUCCCUGUAAAUUUCUACUGACAACAAAAUUUGUCAGGGAAGAUUUGCUCUCGAUAGACUUGGCUAUCUGGGUACAUGUAAUGAAAUAUCGUCAACAUAACGAAUCAUCGAGCGAGUGUCCGCGUGUAGACUAUUUUAACCUUAGUUGGAACGUGGAGCGUUUUACUAUUGAGUUAAUUGUAAAAGAAUAAAAAUUAUGUAUUCUUGA